GCUUGUCGGAGUCUGUUGUGCUUAAAAAUUUGGUCUACUAAGCCAAUAAUAGUGAAAUUUUGGGGUUCUUUUGACAACUGCGAGGAGAAUUGAUUGACUUUUUUGUGAAAACUUUUGGUUAAAAAAUUGAGAAAAGUUGAAGAUUUUGUUUAAAAAUUUCAAUUAAAAUCAUGAAAAUAAUUCUAAUAAUUUCAUCAAUAAUCUUUGACUUUGCGUCAUCUCAAAAUCUCAUUCAAUACAAUGCACCGUGUCGACGGUCUGACCCUAACCUUGAAAACUGCUUAAUCAAUGCAUUCGAAAAUGUCAAAUACGAAUUUGCAACUGGAAACUGGUUUCCUGAGCUACAAAUCCGUCCACUGGAUCCAUUUAUUCUGCAGAAUCACGUUUUUGGAACCGGUCAAGUAUUCCAAAUCAUAACCAGAAAUAUGACAGUGCUUGGCCUUUCGAACUACAAAGUUGAGAAGUACAGCAUCAAUCCUCAGACAUUAACAGCUGAUCUUACGAUGUUAUUUCCAAAAAUCUCAGACACAGGCGACUAUUCAGGCUCAAUAAAUCUUCUCGGUGUUAAUUUUAAUGGAUCAUUUAAGUCACGAUACAGGAACACGAAAGCUUUUCUACAUUUUGAAUUUCAAAAGAUUAGGAAGAAUGGAAUUGAGUUCUUGAAUAUCUUGGAUAUCUCAUUGAGUUCUGAUAAGAAGUUUAUUGCUUUAGAAAGUGGACAUAAAGUUCAUGAUAUUGCCAUUCCUAUCCUUUAUCCUUACAUUGAGAGAAGUUAUGCGAAAAUUAUUAAAGAAGAGAUGAAUAAGGUGCUGGAUUUGAUUCCGUAUGAGUCAUUGUUGCUUGAAUAGAAAUUUAAAUGAUUUGUGAAAGAUUUUGAAUAAUAAAUUGGGA